AUGUCUCCUCUUCGUCUCGCAAUCCUUGAAGCUGAUACGCCUCAGCCGCAAACCCGCGAUCGCUAUGGCGGGUAUACCGGCGUCUUCACCGCACUCCUCGAAGCCGCAGCGAAGCCCCAGAAACUCGAGGAACUUGUCACGAUCAAGGGCUACGAUAUCGUCAAUGAGCUACACUCGUAUCCGUCUCUCGAUGAUAUUGAUGCGAUUCUGAUUACUGGUUCUCGACAUACGGCUUUUGAUAACGAUCCUUGGAUCCUGAAGCUGGUUGAAUAUACAAAGAAGGCCAUCGAGUCGAAUCGUGUGCGUGUGGUGGGCGUAUGCUUCGGACAUCAGAUCAUCGGGCGGGCUGAGGGUGCUCAGUUGGGCAGAAGUAACAAGGGAUGGGAGGUCGCGGUCACAGAGGUCGAUUUGACUGACAAGGGAAAGGAGAUCUUCGGGUUGGACAAGAUGCGCAUCCAUCAAAUGCAUCGCGAUAUCGUCGACAAGUUCCCAGAGAAGUCCAUUCCUCUGGGCUCCAACGACGUCUGCCAGGUCCAAGGCUUCUACUCACCCGGUAAAUACAUUACCGUGCAGGGCCACCCCGAAUUCACCGAGGAGAUCAUCUCGGAGGUCCUAUUUAACCGUCAUACGGUCGGCAUAUUUACGGACGAGGUGUACAAUGAUGCCAUGAAGCGAGCGCCUCUACCCCACGAUGGAGUCACGAUCGCUAAGGCCUUCCUCAAGUUUUAUAGAGAGGGUUAA